AUGACUGUGUUCCCGGGGUGGAGGGGGGAGUGGGCAGGGCUUCUGACGUGUCAGACCAUCUUCCUUGUGCUGAUUGGCCUCUUGGUAUCCAUCAGCACCAAUCAGGGAGCUACAGAGCCCCUGUCAAAUUCCACUCAACCUUGGGAGACCCCUGAGGAAGAGUUGGCCUCCCUGAGGUUGAAGCUGAGUUCUGAGCUGCGACGCUACAGCCGGCUAUGUGAUGACUAUGCCAGCCUGGCACAAAACUGCUCUGCCACAGUGGUGAAUUUCACAGAGUGUCCUGAGUGGUGGCUUCAUGUACCCGUAAAUGAUCAUCAUAACCAUGUGUUUGUUUUACAGGAAGCCCUGGAAAAGGAGGCCAGUAGGAUUGGUGGGUUUAAUAACUACUUCUGGAUCGACCUAUCAGACAGAGAGAUAGAGGGGGACUGGAGAUGGGUGGACCACACAAAGCUCACAAAUGAGUAUGUUCUGAAACCAGUCGAGCUGGCGCCUGAUAACAACCUCUCUGGUGGGAUUGAAGGUGAGGGCCCUGUGGUCCUGGAGAGCAACACUCAGACCUGGUCCGACGUGCCCUUUGACUUCACCUACCGCCGCAUCUGUCAAAUGAAUGUCAUCCCCAUUACUUGCCCUGGAAUCAGCGGGUGAAAGACACCACUGACCAUGAAAUAAGCAUGAAAUAAGUGGCAGGAAUUCAAUAGAAGGCACACUGCAGGGUUGCACUGUUGACAAUGUGCAUUUCAAAUGCAAUUUUCCCAUGUUUUAGGAAAUCAAAUUCAGUGUAAACGCAGAGGUAAUAAAGUGUAAAUUCCCUUUUAAAGUCAAACGCAAUGUGCAUUUCUGCAAAUGUGCAGUGGAUUGAAUCCCAGUCACAGUAUGUGUAACGAGCCAAAACAAAUGAAGAAGUGAC